GUUGGUUGGCCGUGGUCUGAGCCAGGUCUUUUUUCUUCUCCUCUCUCUUUCUCUCUCCCUCGCUUCAAGGGCCGCUCCAUUUUGUCUGUUCUCCUUUCAGCAAGAGAGUAAAGAUGCCUCACGCGUAUCCAUUCCUGAGCCCUGAUCAGAAGAAAGAGCUGAGCGAUAUUGCUCAGAGGAUCGUUGCUCCCGGCAAGGGAAUUCUUGCAGCUGAUGAGUCCACAGGCAGUGUUGCAAAGCGCUUCCAGAGCAUCAACGCUGAGAACACCGAGGAGAACAGAAGGUUGUACCGUCAAUUGCUUUUCACUGCUGACGACCGCAUCAAGCCCUGCAUCGGUGGAGUCAUCCUUUUCCAUGAGACUCUCUAUCAGAAGACUGAUGAUGGCAAGCUUUUCUCUGAGUUGAUUAAAGAGAGAGGAAUGGUGGUAGGAAUCAAGGUGGACAAGGGUGUUGUACCUCUGGCCGGCACCAACGGAGAGACAACCACACAGGGUCUGGAUGGGCUGUAUGAGCGUUGCGCGCAGUAUAAAAAAGAUGGUGCUGACUUUGCUAAAUGGCGUUGCGUGUUGAAGAUCACUCCCACUACUCCCUCCCGUCUUGCCAUUAUUGAGAAUGCCAAUGUGCUCGCCCGCUACGCCAGCAUCUGCCAGAUGCAUGGUAUCGUGCCCAUUGUGGAGCCUGAGAUCCUGCCUGAUGGUGACCACGACUUGAAGAGAUGCCAGUAUGUGACAGAGAAGGUUCUGGCAGCAAUGUACAAGGCUCUGUCAGACCACCACGUGUACCUGGAGGGAACGCUGCUAAAACCCAACAUGGUGACCGCUGGUCACUCUUGCUCCCACAAGUACGCCCCUCAGGAAAUUGCCAUGGCAACCGUCACCGCCCUGCGUCGCACAGUUCCCCCUGCAGUUCCCGGCAUCACCUUCCUGUCCGGAGGCCAGAGUGAGGAGGAGGCCUCAAUCAAUCUGAGCGCCAUGAACCAGUGUCCCCUGAACAAACCCUGGGCCCUCACUUUCUCUUAUGGCCGUGCCCUGCAAGCCUCCGCGCUCAAAGCCUGGGGGGGCAAGAAGGAGAAUGGCAAGGCCUGCCAGGAGGAAUUUGUCAAAAGAGCCUUAAACAACAGCGCAGCAUCCAUCGGUAAAUAUGUCUCCAAAGGAGACACCGGAGCUGCAGCGGGAGAGUCUCUGUAUGUGGCCAACCACGCUUAUUAAAGAAACACGUCCACUGGAUCAUCUGUCUGUUCUGUCACGUACACAGUGUGAUCAAUCAUUUCUCUGACUCGCUGUUAUUCCUGUAGUCAUUUUUACACUGUCAUUUGACGAUGAUGUUAAAGAAAAUAAGUAUCAUAGUAACUGACCAAGCAGAUAAAAUCCUCCAGACCGCCCCCAUUUAAUGCUGUCAUUCUUCUCUGUCCUGUUUCUGUGGCUGCAACCCUGACAGUUUUGAAUCUGUUCUUUUCUUUUUCACAAUAUAUUUUCUUUAUUUGGCAAAAGAAUAAAGAACCAACCUACCAACACA